CAGCUGUUGGCUCCACAGUGUGGGCCGGGAAAAGCAGGAGAACCAACAGGAAGAGGCAGAAGACAAAGACGAGGCGAUCAGCCAGAGGAAGAGACGCAUAAUGAGAGACGAAGCCCAUUCCAGCUGUGUUUCUAUCCUAAAUAGAGCCGUGAGAACGUCUUUCCACUACAAGCUGCAGGAACAAAUAUUUACUUCUGACAUUUCUAGUCAGUUUUAGCUCUUCAUUGUAUUUAUUUUUCCAAGCUGUGAGUCAAGUUUAUUUGUACCUUCAUGGGACAGAAUGUGCACGAGGUCUGAGUGGACACAACGCCUGUCUUCUGCUUCCUUUUAAGUUUGGACUCCAUAAAACCUUCCUUUGAUCUUACCACUUAAAGAGUUUAGGACAUGAGUGCACACAACUCCACUCUGCUGCACAGCUUGCUCUACACGCCGUUGUGCGAUGGCUGGAGCAAUAACACGGAAGGAGCCAUCUACCACCUGGGCAACACCAUACUUUUCCUGGGCUACAUGGGCGGCAGCGGCGCUUACGGAUGCCUCUUCAUCUUCGGCUUCCUGGCUCCCGCCUUCCUGUGCCUGACCCUGUGGGGCUGGAUGACCAUGUGCGGCUUGGACGUCUUCACCUGGAACCUGCUACUGCUGCUGGCGUCCUUGAUCCAGAUCUGCCACCUGCUUUACAAGCUGCGCCAGGAAGGCUUGCCCACUGAGGAGCUGAGCUCCCUCUACCAGGCAGUGUAUCUGCCACUGGGUGUGCCUGUGCAGGUGUUCAAGGAGAUCGCAGGAGCCUCUGAGAAAGUGGUGGAGCUGAAGGCAGGAGAGACGUACGCCAUGGAGGCCAAGACGCCUAUUGAACAGCUCUCCUUUCUGCUGUCUGGGAGAAUCAGCGUAACUCUGGAAGACCACUUCCUGCAUUACAUCUUCCGCCAUCAGUUCCUUGACUCCCCGGAGUGGGAGUCUCUCCGGCCCAAUGAAGAGGGAAAGUUCCAGGUGACCUUGAAAGCAGAGGAAGACUCACGGUACAUCUCAUGGCGUCGUCGACGCCUCUACAUGCUGAUCUCAAAGGACCGCUACAUCGCCCGUAUCUUCUCCAUCAUGCUGGGCUAUGACAUUGCUGAGAAACUCUACAACCUCAACAACAAGCGCUACAUCAAGAGUGGUGUACUUUUGGACAUUCGUCUGCCCAGCCUGUACCACGUGUUGGCCCCCUCCUUGCAAGGCAGUGAGGGUGGCAGUGGAAGCGGUGGUGGAAGUGGAAGCGAUGGUGGCAACAUUAAAGAGCACGGCAUUCCCGAGGAGCAAAACACGCAAAAGCAUGAUAUAGUGGAUGAAGACCCAGCACCGGACUACAAAAAGUUAUUUCCAGCCCAGUCUCAGACCCAUCAACAGGGACCAUGGAAGACCCCAGUGGAUGACCACCAGGCUGCCCAGGAUGACCAUUAUCGUCACCCUUGGGUACCAGACAUGGACCUGCCCUCUGGUGAGGACUCCACCAGCCUUGUCCUUGAGGACUUUGCUGAUGUGGCAGGCUCCUUAAUGGAUUAUGGCAGUGAGAAAGAUUAUUUGAGAUAGAGAGGCAGGAUGUUGGAGCUAACACACUGGGUCACCACUUAAGCUACAUGAGGUGAUGGUGAUGUGAACCUGCCACCUCGGUUCCGGAGGGGCAGAGCACCUCUGGCUCCCACCGACACUCCCCAGCUGUGAGAAGAGUCUCUCCCAGAAAUGGUGUGUUACCACAGUACAGCAGUGUGGCUGUCCCCUUUCACUUAUGUCGCUUUGUUUUCACCUCAAUUCAUGUCUUUAUGUGAAAAAUGUUCAUUCACCAAAUCUAAAUCAUAAUUGUUGAUGCAGUCAUAAAAUU